GCCCUAGUUUUCUCGCCUUUUCUCGCCUUCCAUUGUGCAGCCCCCUUCACAGUAAUGGAAGAGAUCCAAGGAGAUGGCUUUCAGAGGGAAAGGGAAGUCCCAUGAAAGCAAGAGAGAUGAUAAGAAAGAUUGUAAGGAUACAACUUGCUGCAAGACCUCAAAAAAAACUUCUGAGUUUUGUGGAAUUGAAGUAAGUAAGCUAUUGAUAUCUCAUUACUGGUAUUCUCCAUUUCUGCUUCUAAUUUAUUUAGAAACAUGGGCUUAACAAAGUCCUUCUCUCUCUACAAAACUCAUAACUUAAUUUCCCUUCUCAUUCCCCUUCCUCUGGCUUCUUCCCUUCAACAUUUCUCGACAAAGACCCCUCCUCUUCCUCUCUCUAACCCAUCUUCCCUCGCAAGUGAUUCCGCAGCCUUAAACAGUUCUUCCUCCAUAAAUUAUCUCAUUGAAUCGCUUGGUCUCUCUAAAGAAGCAGCUAUUGCAACUUUUGCCAUCUACCCCACCCUGAAAACAUCUGGAAACCCUAUCUCUGUAAUAAAAUUUCUCAGAAACUCUGGUUUCCUUGAUACCCAUAUCGAUGAAAUUGUUAGUAGAAAACCCCAAAUCCUUGCAUCCGAUGUCCAGAAAACACUCAAACCCAAAUUGAGGUUAUUCCAAGAUUUGGGUCUUUCUGGCUCUGAACUUAAGGACUUCAUCAAUGCAAACCCAUCUCUUUUUGGUUAUAGCCUUAAUAAACGUCUUUACCCAUCUGUCCUGUUUCUGAGAAACUAUUUGACCAAUGAAGAAAUUUUAAUGGCAAUCAAGCGUUGUGGUUGGAUCCUUUUCUUUGAUCCUGAUAAGAUACUUCUACCCAACAUAAAUAGUGUGCAAAAAUUUGGAAUUGUGGGUUCAGAGUUGGCGAAAUUCUUGUCUAAAUAUCCUAGAUUUUUUACGCAAGAUCCCAAGAGGACUGAAGAAAUUGCGGAGCGAGUUAAAGAACUUGGUUUCUCUUCUCAUUCAAGUAUGUUUUGCUAUGCCAUGAUCGCAUUGAGCUGCAUUAGCAAAGAGACAUUGCAGAAUAAAGUCACAUUUUUCAAGAGUUGUGGGUGGUCGGAAGAUGAUAUUUUUGCAGCUUUUAGGCGGAUGCCUCACCUGUUAUCUCUCUCUACAAAGAAGUUGAGGAAAGGUAUGGAAUAUUUCACUAAUGAAAUGAAGUUUGAUCAGUCUUUUUUGGUUGCUCGUCCAAAGCUUCUCGCUUUUAGUUUAGAGGGAAGGGUGAUUCCUAGGCAUAAAGUGGUGGAAGCUUUGAGAUUGAAGAAUUUGUUGAAGAAGGAUGUGGAUUUUCAUGGAGUUUGUGGGCAGUUGGAGAAGGAAUUUUUGGAGAAAUAUGUUUAUCAUUAUGAGGAUGAGGCAGAGUAUUUGCUUAGAAUCUAUAAAGAGAGCAAAGAAAACCCACUAAAUGGUGUAUAAGAUUAUGGUUUCUCAAAAUUCACAAUGAGAAAUCCCGUGGACUUUGUUGGAGCUUGUGGGAAGUUGGAGAAGGAAUUUUAUGUUUAUUAUUAUGAGGAUGAGGCGGAGUAUUUGCUUAGAAUCUAUAAAGAAAGCAAAGAAAACCCACAAAUUGGUGUUUAAGAUUAUGGUUUCUCAAAAGCCCCAAUGAGAAAUCAAUGACUUUUUUGUUUUUCCCCUCCUUUUUUUGAACGGUAGAAUUCUGUAACUUCUACAUAAAUUUUGUCAAUUUCUGCAAAGGUGAAUGAUUAAUAGUUUUCCUUAUGAGAUAUUUAUUUGGGGUUGGUGCUUAA